UCUCAUUUUUCUAGUUCUUUUCCCUUAAAUAGGUCACUAAAUGAAGAUGAUGUGUUAUUCAAAGUUAUAGAAUGUCUCAAAUUAAGUCAUAGUUAGAGAGAGGUGUAGGAGAGAUGGAGAUGGAGAAAUACAAGCCAGUGAUGACGUUGGUCCUGCUGCAAUUUACUGUGGCAGGAGUUACACUCUUCACAAAAGCUGCUUUCAUGGAUGGACUCAGUCCCGCCGUUUUCGUUGUUUACCGUCACGCCAUCGCUACGCUCUUCAUCUGUCCCAUCUCUUUCUUCUUUACUUGGAGGAAAGCAAGCAAACCUUCUCUUGGAGUGAGAGGCUUUUGGUGGGUGGCUUUCACAGCUGUUAUUGGUGUGACUGUGAAUCAGAACGCUUAUUUUUUGCAGGGAUUGACUUGUCUUCUUCAUCCAUGGCUUCUGCCACAACCAAUCUUGUUCCUGCCGUUAUAUCAAUAUUAAUGCAUAUAUAUGGAAAUAUGGUUUUGAUAUUUGAUGUAUUCGUUUCAGAUUUGAGAGGAUAAACAGAAGUUUAAAAAGUGUUGCAAAAAUAAUAGGAACAUGUGUGUGUGUGUGGGAGGAGCCAUGGCAAUGACUUUUCUAAGAGGACCUAAACUGCUCAACGCCCUGUUGAACCAAGGCAACACCACUUGGUUACUGGGCUGCUUCUUUCUUCUCAUUAGCACCUUCGCUUGGUCCUCCUGGUUGAUCCUUCAGGUUAAAAUUACAGUUCAUUGUUCUGAUCACUUGUACACUACCUCCUGGACUUGUUUCAUGGCUACCGUGGCCUCUUUCCUUAUGGCUCUCGCGUUAGGAAACACAGACUUACAUUCUUGGAAGCUUGAUUCCUCACUGAAGCUCUCAUGCUGCAUAUACUCUGGACUCCAGUUGGCUGUGCUUUUCUUCCUACAAGCUUGGUGCGUGUCGCGGAAAGGACCUCUUUUCUCUGCACUCUUCAACCCUCUUUCUACGGUCAUUGUCACUUUCUUUGGUGCUUUGUAUUUAAAAGAGAAGACGUACCUCGGAAGCUUGCUGGGGGCUUUGGCUAUCAUUAUUAACAGAGAUGGGCCUGAGGCCCAUGAUCAACAUAAACCGAAGUUGCAAAGUUACAAGGCAACGGUCAUGUGCUCUGGAAACAAGACAAAAGACAGUACGGGAGCUGCAAUUAAAACAGAGAACAGGGUUUCAGUGCUUGAAGAUAAGGAUGGCUAGCUGGAGAAGAAUAUCCUAAAUAUAUUCCUUUAGGUUUAGAUGUCUCUGAGCUCUGUUCUCUUUAGUAUAUAAAGACAUCUAUUGUAAAGAACAACGUGAUAUAAAUGAAAGUAUGUUU